AUGCAUGGUUCCCUAGAGACAACCCCGAAGCAUCAAACUGCCGUUCUUAGUGCAAGUUUUGGCUCUGUAUCGACGAACGAGGAACCAGAGCCGGCAUGGUGGAGUAGAGUCAGGGCAUAUUGCCGUGAGGGCUUUUCUGAGUUCUUUGGUACAAUGAUAUUGAUCCUUUUCGGGGAGGGAGUCGUCGCUCAGGUUACAUUAAGCCAUGGCGAGAGGGGUGACUAUCAGUCUAUUUCCUGGGGGUGGGGUCUAGGAGCCAUGCUAGGCGUGUAUGUCAGCGGCGCAUCAGGCUCCCAUAUCAAUCCCGCCGUAACCUUCGCCAACUGCGUGCUUCGCAAAUUCCCCUGGCGCAAAUGGCCCAUCUAUGCCCUCUCCCAAGUCCUCGGUGCCAUGUGCGGUGCCGCCAUCGUCUACGCAAACUACAGAUCCGCCAUCGACGUCUACGAAGGCGGAUCGAAUAUCAGAACCGUCCCAGGAUUCUCCGACACCGCAACGGCCGGGAUAUUCUCGACAUACCCGGCAGACUUCAUGACCCGCACGGGACAAUUCUUCUCUGAGUUCAUCGCCAGCUCCAUCCUCAUGUUCAUCAUCUUCGCCAUCAACGACGAAAACAACAACCUGGCUGCUGGAUCCUUGGCUCCCCUGGCUCUCUUCUUCACCAUCUUUGGCAUCGGCGCCUGUUUUGGAUGGGAAACCGGCUAUGCAAUUAACCUUGCUCGCGACUUUGGCCCGCGCUUAGUCUCGUAUAUGAUCGGCUAUGGUCCGAAUGUGUGGAAGGCCGGUAACUAUUACUUUUGGAUUCCGAUCGUGGCUCCUUUCUUCGGCUGUACCUUUGGCGGUUGGUUAUACGAUAUGUUCCUCUAUGUCGGAUCCAAUAGUCCCGUCAACACUCCGUACCUCGGAUUUUCUCGUCUACCCAGGCUGCUACUCGCUCGAAAACCAAAGGAAUCUCACAGUUGUGUAUAAAGGGUCCAGAACUG